UAUUUUGAUACAGGUAUAUGAGUUUUGUGGAUAGGUAACUAAUACUAACAACUGGAAAAAUUGUUAUGUGCGUUCGUCUGAAUUUUGUUCUUGCUUCUCUUGAAGUCAUGGUUACUAGCCUCUUGAUUGUGAUGGUUGGGAAGUUGGAUGUGUUCUAUGAAUGUGUGGCCAAGAGUUAUUCCUAUGUUAUAGAGGAUGAGUGAGAAUGUGAAGUUUGGUGCCAGUGAUUAUGAUUACCAUAUAAUGUCAAACAAAAUUAUUUUCUAAUCAUAUUUCAGUACAUAUGAUAUGAUGUCAUACUUGCUUAGACACUGUUAUUUUGAUACAGGCAUAUGAGUUUUGUUAUAUGCAUUCCUGUGAUUUUUGCUCCUGCUUCUCUUGAAGUCAUGGUUACUAGCCUCUUGACUGUGAUGGUUGGGAAGUUGGAUGUGUUCUCUCAUGUAUUUCUAGAAGAAGAGAACAAGAAGAAGAAGAAGAAGACGGUUUUGCUUCUCAAUAACUUCUAACCUUCCAGACCUCUGUUCUGCCUGUCAUGAGAGUACUGAAUUGUGAAUGGAGAUACAAUCAUUGACCUUGAUAUUUUAAUCAUCUAUGCUACCCUCUUUGUUUUCACUAAUAUUUCCACCCCUUUUUUUUUUUUUGAGGUUUUUUUGAGUUUAUUAAUCUCUUGAGAUGCUUAUCAAUAUGUGGCCAAGAGUUAUUUAUAAUUUAUUGAUAGGCUCCAGAAAUGCUUGACACCUAGGAUAUAACCACCAUGCCUUGUCAAGAAUGCAUCACAAUUAUUUGAUAAUCAUCUUUCUAUGUACAGAUGCUAUUAUUAUGAAUAGGCAUAUGAGUUUUGCAUAUGGAUAAAUGCUGUUUUAUUGAUGCAGACUUGAAGGGGCCUAAAAGGGAUUCUGAUUUGCUCAAUUUCUUCCAGGUUCCAGAUUCAUAGGUCUAAUCUAAACCUACUUUGUUUCCAGUUCCCUUGUUUUCAUGCAUGAUCUUUCCACUUAGUUCCCUAUUUGUCUUUUCCUGUGGCCCUUGUUUUAGCUUCUACUAUGUAACUAUGCUCAAGUUCACAUUGAUUUUAGAUCGUUGCAUAUAUGUGUACAAGUGUUUUGCAGAAUAGGCCAAAAUUUUCCUGCUUUAUAUGUAUUAAAUAUGUGUUUUUCUUAUCUUUGUUGAUCUGAUCUAUAAUUCUUGGUUUCAAAUACCCUUCCAAACAGUUAACUUAGAAAACCCUACUUGGUUUGAUUUUUGUAAUGAGCGGUUUGCAUGCUGUGGACCCGUAGUCCAAAAGGUCCAGAGUGAUAGGUUGGUGAGGCACAGGAAUGGUGGACUAGACAAAUCCAACAAGGCUAUUGUCUUCUUGCGAAUAUCCCCUGAUGUGUUUGCUACAAGCUGUUUGUGAUUACCAACUUUCAUUAUUAGAGAAGUCCAUGUGGCACUCACCCGGGUGGGGAGAAAGAACUGAAAGUAUCUCCCAUUGACAUGAACCUCAGCUUACCUGUCUCAUCUGUGAUUAGGGAAAAUCCAUAUACUCCAUCAUCGGAUAUUACAAGGCUUCUUCCCUAUGAAACAUCGCUGUCCUUUGGCCUUUCUUUCAAAACCCAACAAGAAAGAAAGGUAAAAGGAAAAAAUCAAACAUUUUUUUUCCUUUCUGCAAGACUGUUAGAAGGAGAUAGGCAAGAAGAUAGGAGAGGGAGAGAAAUGGGUGUAGAAAGAAACACCCCAAAAGCCUCUCCCAAGAAAAAACCUACCACCACCCUUCAGUACCUCUUUGAUCUGGAUUCUAAGAGCAAUGGCAAUGGCCAUUUCAGCAACAGUGGGAAACAAUCUUCUCUGGGUUCCGAAAAUGAAGAGCUCCUCUCUAUCAUCACAUACUGCACCUUUGUCUUCACCUUUACUGAUCCUUCUGAAUCUCCUUCACAGCAAGAUCUCAAGAGGCUCAAGCUCAGUCAACUUCUCUCCCUUGUGAAGUCCACAAAGAAGCCUCUCCAUGAUCAAAUUUUGUCACCUCUGGUUGCCAUGCUAUCUGCCAACCUCUUUCGCCCCCUCCCUCCAUCUUCCAAUGCCUCUGUCAUCUUUGACUUACCUGAUGAGGAAGACACCGCUUCUACUCCUGCACCUGCUUGGCCACACCUGCAAAUUGUUUAUGAGAUUCUUCUUCGGCUAGUCCUCAACACAGAUGCCAAGGCACUGCGUGAUCAUAUAGAUCAUUCAUUCGUUCUCAACCUCCUCUCCCUUUUCCAAUCUGAAGACCCACGAGAACGGGAAAGCUUGAAGAACGUGUACCACAGGAUAUAUUCCAAGUUCACCUUCUACCGAUCAUUCAUGAGAAAAGCAAUGAAUGAUGUAUUCUUGCACUAUGUUUUUGAGACAGAGCGGCCCUGUGGCAUUGGCGAUCUGCUUGAAAUUUGGGGCAGCAUAAUCAAUGGCUUCACCAUUCCACUCAAGGAAGAGCACAAGCUAUUCUUGAUGAGAGUGCUUAUUCCCUUGCACAAGCCCAAGGGGUUGCAGGUUUACCAUAGGCAGCUGGCUUACUGUGUCUCCCAGUUUGUGCAGAAGGAGCCUGUGCUUGGUGGGAUUGUUGUUCGAGGUAUUCUAAAAUACUGGCCGAUCACAAACUGCCAGAAACAAGUUUUACUUGUGGGAGAACUGGAAGAAUUGGUGGAGAUUAUAGAUCCUGAGCAAUAUAGGAAGUUGGCUCUGCCUUUAUUCACCCAAAUCACAAGGUGCUUAAACAGUUGGAACUCACAGGUAGCAGAGCGUGCCCUCUACGUAUUGAACAACGAGCAGUUCAUGAAGAUGGCACAAGAGGCAAUGGACGAGGUGUUUCCAGUGAUAGUUGAAGGCAUGGAGAAGAACCUUAAAUGGCACUGGAGCAAAAGCGUUCGCCAAUUGACACAAACCGUGAAGGUGAUGCUGGAAGAAAUGGAGCCGUGUUUAUACUCCAAGUGUGUAAUAAACCUUGAACUCCGAGAAUCUGCAGCUCAACAAGAGGAGAUCCAAAGAAGAGAGAAAUGGGAAAGGAUUGAACGGGCUGCUGAUGCUGCUACUGCUGCUACUGCUGCCCAGAAUCAGUUCCUCCAACCACCACAUUGUACAUGUGUUUCCAACUGAAGAACAAAACUCGAGAGUCUGUGCUGGCAGUUGUUAUUACUUAUUAUACAUCAAAAGACAAUGGAAACAGACGGAUUUAACAAAAGAAAAUGAAGAAAGCGAUACUGGAAUGCAAUGAUUCGUCACGAUUUAGAAUAGUAUUUUGCAUUAGCCCAAGGAUUAUUAUAAUAAUUCCUCUCCUUCCCACUCUGUUUCUCUUCUUUCUUCUUCACACAGUAGGCCCCAACAUGCUCUGGGUUCCUAGUUUCAAUCCACACCUACUUUUGGAGUGACUCUUUUGACUCCAAAGAAGCUUAUGCUUCACUUGUUAGAA